AUGUAUGUUGUUAAAAAAUACCAGACAGAUAAUUUCAAGAAUACUGGAUGUUUCAACUUGCUAUGUUCGGGUUUUGUUCAAACUAAUAAGAAAAUCUACCUUGGUGGACGAUUCGACAAUACAUCCAUCUACGGUGGAGUGAUGGCUGAAAUCACAUUUUCUAUUAUCCAGGAUCCCGACACAAAAAAUUGGUGGCUAAUUAAUAAAAAUCAGAAUAUUGGAUAUUUUCCGGCAUCUUUAUUCUCCAAUUUGACCUCUGCGGGUCAAGUUGGGUGGGGUGGUAAAACAACAACUUCUCCUGGUAGUCCUAGUCCUCCAAUGGGUUCUGGAUAUUUUCCGGAUAAUGUAUUUAAUCAUGCAUGUUAUUUUAGGCAUGUUACAUUUCAAAAUGACUCCAGACAAGACUUUGGACCUGAAGAUUACUUGGUAGAUACAUUCUCUGACAAACCUAAUUGUUACUCAGCUGAAUACUAUGGCAAUGAAAGAAGUGAUGUUGGAUAUUGUCUCCAAUUUGGAGGACCUGGGGGUAGAUGUAAUGAUUAA